UCCGUCCCGCAUAGAACAGCGCCAACACCGAACCUCAUAAUAGUGUGAGCCAUCGUCCUGGUCAAUUGCGACGGAUUUUCGCUCCUCGGCCGGUUCAGAGGAAAAGUUAGUGACAGUGAUUCUGGUGUUGCUCGAGUGGUGUUUGACGAUUGGAAGAAUUGCAGAAUUUUUCCGGUGUCCUGACUCCUGCCUCUGCUGUUGGUGUUUGACGUCUGCCCUGCUGUAAAUUUGCGUAGCGUUGUAAAAUCUUCGGAGCACAUAAAAAGAUGAACAUACUGAUAAUAUCGUUUCUGGCGUUAGCGUCACUGACGACCUUCCCCACGCAGACGCUAGGAACGCCAGCCGCCGCGGCGGCAGCCAGUGACGUGACGGAUGCGAAGAAAUCUCUCGCAGACGCGGCCAGCAGCCCCGUUACCAACAACGGCCUGAAGGAGAUCUGGCAGGAGGACGACCGCGAGGUGCUCAUCCGAAACGAACGGGGAACCAAAAACGGCGGUGCCGCUGGUAAGAAAGAUCGCAAAAAAGACAAACACUCCAACUCCUCACCAACAACAACAACAUCGUCAUCUUCAUCAUCACCAUCUUCACCUUCCUCCUCGGGUCCGUACCACAGCAAACAAAACAAACAACAAAACCCCAAAUCAAAGCCCGAAUCGAACCGACAGGCGCAGAACUCCCAAUGCCGGUACACCAAGGGACCCUGGACCGAGUGCGACGCCAAGUCCAACACCCGCUCAAGGACGCUCUCGCUGAAGAAGGGUGAACAGUCCUGCGUCCAGACUCGCACCAUCCAGAAGAAAUGCAAAAAAGCCUGCCGCUACGACAAGGGUGCCUGGUCCGAGUGCGCCCCCAACGGUCAGAUGUCCCGUACCGAUAGUUUGAAAUCGAGCAGCGACGCCACCUGCCAGUCGACGCGAGUGGUCAACAAAAACUGCAAUCAGGGCAAAUCGAAAGACAAACAGAACAAAUCGCCCAAGGCCGAGAAGAAGGAGAAAGCUCGGAAGUGGAAGCGAAAAUUCGUAAAACUUUACAAUAAGCACAAAACUUCGAUAGAAAAGCCCCGAUAGGAUGACACAAUGGGUGUCUCCGCAAAAACCGUCAGUAAAUGACGUCAGCGUUUAUUUUGCUUAAGCUAUCAUCGCCAUCAUAGAAGAUAAUUUCACAAGUUCAUCGUUCAAUUUCCCCAUUGAGAAAAAAAAACUUCAUCGAGAAUAAGAUCAGUUGAAACUAACUUAUCAUAACGAUAGCCGAUCAAUAUUGAAGUUUAGCAGAAUCAAAUUUUAACUGUGAAAUCUCUACAAAUAACACGUGAACAGCGAACACACAUACAGACAUACACAUGCAAACAGAUCCAUAUGGACAGGAUUCGCAUGUAAUAGGUGCACGUUGAAUGCGAAUUCACUCAAUCGUAAAAUGCCAACAAAAGAGGAAAACACAUUCAUAUACUCGUUUUAAUUGACAUUUGUAAAGUAAGUAGACUUAAACAAGUUGAUUAAGUUGAGUCGGAGAAGUAAUGGACACGAGGGAGAAGGAAGUCGAAAAUAAACUUACGUGUUAAAUAAAAUUAAUUAUAGAUAUAAAAUAAAUCAACAAGUAUCAACAAAACCAGAACAAAUUUUCUGAAGCUGUUACAAAACGGAAAGAAGGUGUCUACAAGCAUGCGUUGCCAGAAGAUAUGGCCAACCAACAAAACUAAAAAAAAUGGCUGGAAAAUCAACGAAAAGCAACUCGACUACAGUAAUGAAAAUCGAGAGCUGAAAAUGAAAGUACUUCCUUACUCAAAAAGCCAAUCUAGUUUGCCAAUUUGUUCCAGAUUCUGCAAAAACAAGGCGACUUGCAAACCGUAACCACUUAAUGAAUUGAUUCCAUUAUCUAAUUAAAUAAAUGUAGAGUAGAUGAGACGGAGAACACUGCAAUUUCGCGAUAGGGUCAGUAAUAGAUAAAUUGCCAAAUUUUUAACACUGAUAGUAAUGUGUAUAUGUCCCUGCUUUUUUGCAAAAACAAAACGACGAAAACAUCUAUAGAUGGAUUAUAAAUGGCAGCAUUCUCCGUGGAACAGUUUUGCAAAUUAAACUUUUUUUUGCUAAAUUCCGCAACCUUAAUGCCCAAAAUAUCCGCACUUAUCAUUCUGUAGUAUGACGAUUCUCACCAUGAAACCUAUUUACUGCUCUCUCUCUAUUGUAUGUUUGAUGUUUAAUACGUCGAUAGGUUACUUUCAUAACGAAUCAGAGUCAAACUAAAGAUUACAUAACAAUUGAACUGGCAACACUAUCAAAGUUUGAAGAGUUAUUAGUAAACGAGAAGUUGUUAUUCUUUGGAUGUGUAAUCUUUGCCGAAAGAAAGCAUUUGAAACAAGAAUAAAAGGAAGUGAACUGAAUCUCAUAUUUCACAGUAAAGACAAAACUAGCGAAGGUCAAAACAAACAUAAUACAACUAGAUAAAUAUUUAUGAACAAAAAAGAAGCAAGCAGAAGCGGAAAAAUAAAAAAGAGAAUGAAGCAUAUACACAUACUUCUAGUGACUAUUAUUAACUGUAAAAAAAUGUCGCAUACUACGCAAUAGGAACAAAAAGCCAAUUGUAUAGAAACACAACAAGACAAAAUCAAACUGUGUAAAAGAAAUCGAAAUCGGCGUCGUCAACUAGCUCUCUAUAUCUGUAUGUGUAGGUUUGCUUCGGUUUCAAGCUACACAAUUUGGUUCGUACAGCACACCCAACCGAUUCGUUUUCGAUUGCUAAAAACCAAACAAUAGACAACAAAAUAUAGGGAAAAAAUGCGGUUUUGGUUCUCACAGGCGUAACUGCAGUGGGCCGACAAAAGGAGGGGCUAUAGAAUCAAGGCAAGGAAGUAACGCCACUUGCGGCUUUUCUUCGAGUUCGCAUGCGGUGCUGGCAACAAACCCCACGAGACACACAUACUGCGGUUUUCGUGUAAGUUGAUUUUUUUCUGUUUCUCCGAUACAGCUCAUUAAAAAUAUAUAUACAAUAACUGUAGAUUUAAAAUAUCAAAUUUCUUAAUAAAACAUAUUCUUUUGUGAUAUGUUGUAACAAAA